GGUAGUUGCACUUAGCCAAAUUUCCUUUUCUCUGUUCUUCCCUCAAAACACUUGAUAAAGAUUAAAGAUUGAAGAUUGAUGUCUGAAGAUUGAAGAUGAAGAUGCAUGAACAUCUUCUUCAUCUCCACCUCUGUCUCACAGUUAUGUUUAUAACUGUAUCCUCCUCAGAUUCAGCUAAAUUAUCUGUCUUAAUUCAUUUCGAUGAAGUUCCUCCUACCCAUUCUAGGUUCACCGAUGCUUUCUUUAGAUACUCUUUUCUUAGGCCAAAUAGUUCAGAUGCAUGUAAACCUGGUGGCUGUUCAAUUCACUGUGAGCUUGAUGGCCAGCCACUAAGACAUUGUCCUCCAGAUAACAUACAAUUCAACAACUUGACAGUGAAUCAAAAACACAGUUUUCUUCUCAAAGUCUCAACUUGGGAAGGAAGGAGAAACUCAUCGGUCUACACAUGGUUCAUUGAUACAAAGCCACCAAGUGCAACAAUUUCUAGCAAGCGAAAUUAUACAAAUGCUGAUAGCAUUGAAAUAGAAGUCACCUUCACUGAAGCUUGUAGUGGGCCAGCAGGCUUCAAUUGUUAUAACUCAUCCAACUGCGAUGUUAUUGUAAGUGGUCCAGCAAGUGUGGAUACAUCGUCUCCAAUCCGUGUAAUCAAACCCAACAUUCAAUAUGCUUUAAAUAUCAUUUUCUCGGAAAGAAGUACUUAUGCACGAGUAGUGAUAACAAUGGCAGAGAGGUUUUGUACAGACCAGGCAGGAAAUUACUUUACCAGAACAAAUGAAUCCAGUUUCAUUGUUCACUUAGAUAGAAGACCUGUUCAAGUAGACUUAUGGAUAUCUGUUCCAUCUUAUGAGUUGGAGGUUAAUGGACAUCCAAGAACUGUUAUUGCAACUAAUAAAUCAGAGGAUUUACAUGUCUUUUUGGACUUCAGCUCUCCUGUUAUGAAUUCAACAUUGCAGAUCAUGCAUGCCUUACAAGUGAAUUCAGGCAAUUUUGUUCCUAGCCGCAACAACAAUAAUGGAAAUCAUAGAUUUGCAUAUGAAAUUAAGAAUAUUUCAACAGGAAUAGUUGAAGUUGGAUUCAAACCUGAUUCAGUAAUUGGCUUGUCAGGUGUACUUGUUUCCCCUGUUUCUUCGAUAGCCUUCCUAUAUGAUUCAGAAAGUCCAAGAGUAGAAUUGAGCACAAGCUCUUCCCAAAUGACAACAGAUUCGAGUAUCGAUGUAAUAGUUAAGUUUACAGAGCCAGUAUUUGGGUUUGAGGCAUCAAAGGUAGAACUGGAAGGGGGGAAUCUUACAAGAUUUGAGGAACAUUCAAGAGUUUUAUACUCAUUAACAAUCAUAUUCAUGUCUCAAUCUAUAACCGUCACAGUUCCCAAGGGAAAAGCUUAUGAUAUUUCUGGGAAUCAGAAUUCUGCGUCGAAUGUGCUGAAAAUCCAACAAUAUUCAACCCCCACUUCAGCGGUUGUAAUCCACACUUUCAUGACUUCUGGAAUAUUGGCAACAGCAGCAGCCUCUGCAGUUAUAUCACUUUCUUCCACAAAUCUAGUUGCCAUCAGUAGGCUGGAUCAUGAGGUCCCCAGCUUCUCCUUCAAUCAUAGAUUAAUGAAUCUGCAGGGAAUGGUGGGACAUCUUCAAGUAUUUGUCCUUGCUAAUUGGAUCUCAAUUAACCUACCAUUAGUUUAUGUGGAGACAACAAGGGGUCUUAGAUGGAUCAUCCCCCACAAAAAACUUCCAUGGGUAAAGGAGAGAUCGAGAACUGUGCUUACCCAUUUGAGUGUAAUAACAAAUGUUCAAUCAAUGUCAAAACAUCAAAGCUCAAAUGCUAAGGACAUUCCCUAUGGCUUACCACUAGGAUUUAAUGAAUAUUUCACCUAUUUUCUGCAUGUAGAUCCAUUCUUAACCAUGCUGAUGAUCAAGAAAAUGGAGAAACAAAAUGGAUGGGAGGACUUAAAGAUGAACUUGUUCUGGUUAGGUGUAGCGGUUGGUAGCUUGGUUUUAAUCCAAGCUUUUUGGUUAUUCUUCCUACAAUUGAGAUCUAAAACAUCGGUUCGCAGGAUACUUUCUGUUCCAAGGUUCUGGAUCUUUCUUCUGAUAGUUAUGCUUCCUUGUAUAUCACAGUCAUCUGCAUUUGUUAUCACAGGAGGCACAUCAGAGGGAAUCCUUGCGGGGGCACUUCUUCUAGCUAUCCCUAUGGGAUUCAUACUGUCUGUAUUCCUUUUCCACACAAUAGUAAUCUUCCCUGGAAACCUUACUCAAUACAAAGAAGUUAAGUACAGCUAUGAAGAUGAACAAUGGUAUAAGAAAUUCUGUUUUCUGUUAGUUGGAAGACAGAAAACUGGGAAAUGGUUCUACAGAAAAGGAGUAACUUCUUAUAUCCUACAGCAAUUUGAUAUCCUAUUUGAGAAUCAGAAAGGCCCUCCAUUGUUUGUCUUGUUAGAACGAGACGACUCAAUUAGAAGUGGGAUUGGAAGAAUAAGGACUGAGAAUUCAGAUUACAGUAAUGAAGAGAUUAAAGCUACCAUAUCAGAAAGGCUACUAGGAUGUGCUAGAUCCUCCUAUAUCAUUCUUGAUCUCAUAAGAAGGACAGGUUUAGGGAUAGUAUCAGGAAUCCAUUCAAAACAAGGCUUAAAUAAAUCGAUUAUAGCUUUAGCAUUAACUGUGGUCCAAUUUUCCUACCUAAUCAUUUUGAAGCCUUAUAUAAGCAGAGGAGUUCAUAUGGCAGAAAGUAUUUCUCUUAUGUGUGAGAUAGGCCUCUUCUCAUUAGCUAUGAAACAAAGUGGUUCAAGUAUAGCUGGUGAGAACAUUGUUGGAUGGAUACUGUUAGGUUUAUUGAUCUUGACCUACAUUGCCAAUAUCACAAGUCAGUGGUUUGAUCUAAUAAAAUGCAUCCUACAGUUUUCAUUACCUCAAAAGAAGUCUUUCAGGCUAGGGUUGAAAAAUAUUUCAAAGGGACUUGUACUGCCUUUCAUUCCAAGGAAAUAUUGGAUCAAAGAAGAAGGAAUUCCAGAAUCUGAAAGAACAUUGCCAUCAAGUUCUAAAACUGCAACAGUGGUCCCUGUAAUCAGUCCUAACUUUUCACCCAACCCAAUGAGUAGGGAAGUGAUGAGUUCUAUGCCUAUAAGAACAAAGGAAAAAGAUCAUCUUAGGGAACUUAAGAUUGAGAACAAGAAUGAGAUGAAGAAACUAAGACAGAUGGCAAAAGCUAGUUUUACUGGUGGUUCAAAGUAUGAGAUGGGCAGUACUAGUUAUGAUUUACUAACUGAAUAGCAGAUAUCUUUGUCCAUUUGUACUCUUCCUAUAUUAUGACAUUGUGGAAAUGAUCUUUUAUUUUUUAUUUUUUUUUGUCAUUAGUUGAUAUAUCCUCUCUUGUAUAGUGUUUGUAACUGAAGAAAAUUCUCUAUUACUAACCCUAACCCUAAACCCUAACUCUACUACUAAUGGG